GUUACAGUCUCUAGCUUCGCCAUGUACAUGGCCCUUCCGUGUACAUGGAUGGGCGGGGAGGUAACUAAAAGAUCCUUUACACAAUAAAGUAGAUGAUCAUGAUAAAUGAGGUAAGGUCCUAUUAUCACACACUUCAAACACGGUAGAUCAGAAACCCACUAUGAUACUCGCUUCCUGUCUGUUUGCUAAGGAAUAUAAAAUGGCUAGAAAGUUUAAUUUGAAACCUUUGCCUCCAUUUGGAAUAGUAGACACCAGUUAAGAGGGUGUCAGAUGCCUUUUUUUUUUUUUUUUUUGGCUGGUCCCUGUUGAUUGGUCAGAAGACGGCUCAGCUAAAAGGGGAAGUUGUCUGGGUGGUUGCUUUUUUUCUGACGUCUGUUCCUCAGGCUGGAAGAAAUGAGCAGAAAACAAGGGAUGAGUACUUUUUAGAGUAUGUGCAUGUUACGUAAUACCUGUUUCUGGGCAAUGCUGCUGCUUCUGACUCAACAAAUGGGGAGAGCAAAUUGAAAAUGCGUAAAUUGGAAGGCAAGUUCUGAAAUUAAACGUUGUACUUUGGCCUGAUGUUCUGACCUUUAAGGAAGCAAGAGUUUGUAAACUUCCAAAUAUUUACUAUUCUGAACUGCCGUGUAAACCUGACGUAUUCCCAAGUCAACAUACCAGUAUACCAAUAGGAUGUGAAUAAUGUGUGUGUUGAGUUUAAAACCAUAGCAGUUUUGCUCUGGCAAGUAAUGAAAGCGUUCUCGCUUCCUGAAUGUGAGCUCCAGCAGACUGCAGAGUGGCCAGUCCACAGUUGUAGCCUGACUUCAGUGAGUUCUGAUGUGUGCUUUUUGCAAAUACAUGUUCUCAGAACAGUGAGAUCAUCCAGCAGUAGCCUGGACUGCACUCACAUAAAAAUCAUGAGACAGUCAUGGCUACUUGUUUCUGUAAUACAUGCAUGUGUGUUUUUUAAAACCUAUGAUAGGCCUCUGAUUCUGCAGCUGCAACUUUUAUGGAAUGUUUUCCUUCUCCACAUCUCAUGUGAUGCUCUUAUUACAGGACACAGCAUUGUUGGUUUUGCCAUGUACUAUUUUACCUAUGACCCGUGGAUUGGCAAGUUAUUGUAUCUUGAGGACUUCUUCGUGAUGAGUGAUUAUAGAGGCUUUGGCAUAGGAUCAGAAAUUCUGAAGAAUCUAAGCCAGGUUGCAAUGAGGUGUCGCUGCAGCAGCAUGCACUUCUUGGUAGCAGAAUGGAAUGAACCAUCCAUCAACUUCUAUAAAAGAAGAGGUGCUUCUGAUCUGUCCAGUGAAGAGGGUUGGAGACUGUUCAAGAUCGACAAGGAGUACUUGCUAAAAAUGGCAACAGAGGAGUGAGGAGUGCUGGUGUAGAUGACAACCUGCAUUCUAUUUUAGAAUAAAUUCCCAACUUAUCUUGCUUUCUAUGCUGUUUGUAGUGAAAUAAUAGAAUGAGCACCCAUUCCAAAGCUUUAUUACCAGUGGCGUUGUUGCAUGUUUGAAAUGAGGUCUGUUUAAAGUGGCAAUCUCAGAUGCAGUUUGGAGAGUCAGAUCUUUCUCCUUGAAUAUCUUUCGAUAAACAACAAGGUGGUGUGAUCUUAAUAUAUUUGAAAAAAACUUCAUUCUCGUGAGUCAUUUAAAUGUGUACAAUGUACACACUGGUACUUAGAGUUUCUGUUUGAUUCUUUUUUAAUAAACUACUCUUUGAUUUAA